AUGUUGCAUCAACUUCAAUUAGGACAAAAUGGUGAUCGUUAUGUAUCAUCACCAUCAUCAAAAUCAACACCUUCUGAUAAUGAUCAUGACGGAUCAGAAGGUUCAUCAUUUUAUGACAGUACACAUAUACUUAUUGUUUUAGUCGUUUUUAUUCCAGUUAUAUUUACUAUUUUACUUUGUACUAUUACAUAUUGUGUCUAUCAAUAUAACAGAAAACGAUCUCAAAGAGAACCAACAAAUUCUCCAAUUGCAUCCGUUAAUGCUCCUAUUGCAACAGUUAUUUAUAAUACUCAACAUAGUCCAUUUGUUUUUGAAGAAUCUCCACCUUCCUAUGAUUCCUUAAUAGAUACAAAAAAAGAUUCACAAAAUGUAACAACAAAUACACAUGAACAAUUUCCAUUAACAGUAUUACCUAAUACAAUAUCGACAAAUCCUAAUGAAGAAAUAACAUCAUCAUCAUCAUCAGCAAUUAUUCCAACAGCUCCUACAACAUCACCUCCAUUUUAUAUUCAACUAAAUGAAACAGAUAAAUAA